GCUUGCUACCCAGUCCAAAAAGUUUGUGUUUGAUCCCAACUCUGAAGAAACAGAGAGAUCGUGUUCUGACUCCAGCAGAGCGCGCGGGUGAGUGAUCGAGCCAUGGUUCGGGAGGAGGAUCUUGAUGUGGUGCUGGUGCCCCUGGGACUGGCGGUGGUGGCCGGCUACCACCUGUGGCUCCUCUACGCCAUCCUGCGGCACCCGACCCGCACCGUCGUCGGCCUCAACGCCCUCGCCCGGAAGCGCUGGGUCGCCGUCAUCAUGGCCAACACGGAGAAGAACGGGGUGCUGGCGGUGCAGACGCUGCGGAACAACAUCAUGGCGUCGACGGUGCUGGCCACGACGGCCAUCACGCUCGCGUCCGUCAUCAGCGUCUUCAUCGGCGCCACGGCGGGCCGCUCGCCAACGUCGCCGUCGUCUUCAUCGUCGUCGUCGUCGUCGCCGAUGCUGGUGUACGGGAGCAAGACGGGGCAGGUGUUCGCGGUCAAGUACCUGGCCAUCUCGCUCUGCUUCAUGCUCGCCUUCGUCUGCAACGUGCAGGCCAUUCGGCUGUACGCGCACGCCAGCUUCCUGCUGGGCCUGCCGCCGGCGCCGGAGGAAGGGGCGGCGGAGGAUUUCGCGGCGUACGUGGCGCGCACGGUGAACCGCGGCAGCCACGCCUGGUCGCUGGGGCUCCGCGCCUUCUAUGUCUCGCUCGCCCUGUUCAUGUGGACGUUCGGGCCCAUCCCCAUGCUCGCCUGCAGCGUCCUCAUGUGCGCCCUGCUCUACUUCCUCGACACCACAAGGGACUAUGCCAAGGGGAUACAGCAUAUGCACCGUGAAAUGAGCGCACAAAAGGAUAGCACCGUGUGA